AAAAGAAGUAUCAUCGUCAAGUUGCGUUUCAGACAAAAGGAAAUUUGAUUUUAGCAGCAUUGCAUUUCAUAAACGACCAAAUGUCGUCACCUGCCAUUUAUGUGUGUUUCCCCAUCAGAGAAGCGUAGUCACCUGCUGUGUUUCCCCAUCAGACAAAGUGGUCCAGCAUGUCUCAGAGGAACAGGUCCAGCACGCAGAACUCCCCUCAGAGCAAAAGGCCGGCCUUGGCUCGGAGCUCUGACACAUUGCUGAGUGAGGAAGAGGAUGAUGACAUGCAGUUUACUCAGCCAAGUACAUCACAGGUCCAGAAAGGCCUGGAAAAGCUAACCCCUGUUCAGCUGGACCACAAGACGGCUGAGGUGAUCCAGUAUUUUCUGGUCAAGGACCAAAGGAAGAUUCCUGUUCGCAGGGCGGAUAUUGUGAAGUUUGUGUUGAAAGAGCACAGAAACGUCUACGCCGAGGUCCUGAGGAGGGCGGAGCGUACCUUUAAAGAGGUUUAUGGCGUUAAAAUCGUUGAAAUUGAUACAAAAACCCACGUGUACAUACUGGUGAACGAGCUGGAGACAGCUGAGGAAGCCCCGCUGAGCAUAAGCGCCGGCAACCCAAAUAUGGGUUUGCUGUUUGUGAUCUUGAGCGUCAUUUUCAUGAAAGGAGGGGUUGUCAAAGAAGCUGUCAUCUGGAACAUACUGAAGAAACUGCGGGUGGACCUCAGAGAGAAGCACGGAGAGCUCGGCGAUGUGAAGAAAGUGGUCACUGAUGAAUUUGUACGACAAAGAUAUUUGGAAUAUGCUAAAGUCCCCCACUCAGAGCCAGUUGAGCAUCAGUUCCUCUGGGGUCAACGUGCAGAAUACGAGGUGUCGAAAGUCAAAAUCCUCGAGUAUAUGGGUCAGCUCCAUGGUCAGAGUCCCCAGAGCUGGAGCCAGCAGUACAGGCAAGCCACCAACCCCAACGCCGCUUCCAGCAGCCAGCCCAGUACCAGCAGUCAGAGAUGACCGCCACCUCUACUGGCUUCUCGUUUUUUUGGUUGUUGGUGUUGGAGGGUAGAAUACAAAACCCUACAGCGCCAUGUUCUUAUUCCUUGUAUGUGUGUGUGUGUGUGUAGUCGUAUUUUUUCAUGAUUUAUUUUUUUUAUGAACGUCUUUAUUUAAUUAAUGCUUUCAGGUUGUUUUUAGACAAUGAUUUGAACAAAAUGAUUUUGAGCACAACAGUCUGUUCUGAGUCUGUCGGCUAUGGGAAGAGCGUUACAUGACACAACAGACCCAGCCGAUGGAAACCAACCCCGUCUCAGUACCAAAACCACUGGGAUAUUGUACUUUUAUUGCCUUGUCUCUUUUGUUGCCGUGUUAUCCCCCCCCACCCCCCCAAUUUCAGAAAAUAA